AGCUAAUGAAAUUGUGUACAUUAGGCUGUAUAUUCCAUUGAAAAUGAACAUUUAAAGUUUGACAUGACACAUGCAAUUUACAGCAACUUUUCUAACGAUUAAUUGUUUAACCGUUUUUAUCCAUUUGAUAUUUGCAAUUAUAUUUUACACAUUAUUGUUUAGCCACAAUAAAGACUUUCAGCACAAUGUACCGUUGGAAGAAAUAAAUCAAAGUUUUGUUAUAUUAGCCUAUAACUAAGAUAAUAUAAAGUCCGCAAAUAAGCCGUGGUUGUUACACUGUAACAAUCUAAAUAAAUUCUAUAAGGGUCUAGUGGGCAGUAGUUCAAUCGGAUGCAGAGGAACCACCUCUGUGCAUGGUGACGUUGAUUGUGAUGCUGACGAGGAACUAGUUUCAACAAGACUAACAAAACGUUACUUAUCUGACAAGGUGUUUCCCUCAACCUUUGGUCGGUUCUUUUAACAUAUGCUACAGUAGGCAACACGAAUCUUUAAUCGCUCCUCAACAGACGAGUUGAACUUCUGAGGUGAAAGGCGCAAGUGAAGGACGAGAAUCUGUAUAUCAAAUCCUCCAUGAACGGAUUAUAAUCGUACAGGUCGUAAAAAGAGACAGAAAAGCUGGGGGAUGAGAUGCCAUCUGAAAACAUUGGUCCAGUUAGCGGCUGGUCUUUUCAUAUUGGCCAGCGUCUACAUCAUGCGGAGACCACCGUCGGAAAACAAGUCAUUGGCCUGGAUCUGGGACAGAGAGACUUGGCCUGAAGAGAUUAAGAGCCAUUACCUCCGUUUCAAUGUUUCCAUUAAACUUCUGGCAGGAGAACCUCAGCAGACCAAGAAGUAUCUAACAGUCGGACUUGCGUCUGUGAAGAGGCAAAAGGACAGUUACCUUCAGAGCACCCUUAAGUCAAUCUUCACUCAGUCCUCUGAGAAGGAACUGGCUGAAAUGGUGGUAGUCGUCCUUCUCGCCGACUUUGACCUCAACUGGGUCCAGCAGACCGUCCAGACGAUUACGGAGGAGUUCUCCCAACACCUCUCCAAAGGCCAGUUGUUGGUCAUCCACGCCCACCAGGGGAGCUACCCUCCGCUUACGGGCCUGAAGAGUAACUUCAACGACGCUCCCAAACGCGUGACCUUCCGUUCAAAGCAGAACGUCGACUACUCCUUUUUGCUCCAUUUUUGCAGCAACCUCUCCCAAUACUACAUCAUGUUGGAGGACGACGUGAUCUGCUCCAGAAAUUUCCUCUCGAGCAUACGCGAGCACGUUCACUCGUUGUACGCCUCGAAGUGGGCCACGCUGGAAUUUUCCAAGCUGGGCUACAUCGGGAAACUUUACAAAUCGCGUGACCUGCCCACUUUGGCGCGCUUUCUGUAUAAUUUCUAUCAGGAAAUGCCCUGCGACUUCCUGUUGACACAUUUCCGCACCUUGUUGAUGCAGGACAAAGUCAUUCGGUUUCGUCCGUCUCUGUUUCAGCAUGUAGGCACGUACUCGUCUUUUCAAGGCACCUUAAAUCGUCUGAAGGAUGAGGACUUCCUUGAUGAACUCGCCGAUAACCCGCCAGCAGACAUUAACACAAACAUUCCAGCUUUCACCACCUACACGCCCGACCGGGCCUAUAACCAAGACUCUUCUUAUUUCUGGGGCACGUCUCCUAUCGGCCCUGAAAGCUAUUUCUUCGUGGCCUUUCACAAGCCAGCACUGGUCUCCCGUGUGCGAAUCCUAACGGGGCUGGAAGGGAAAGAUUUGCUCGCCUCUGCUGUAGUGGAGAUUGGGAGGACUCUGUUGAAGAAGGAGUCCAAGAUGGAAUGCUCAGGGUUAGAGACGCUGGGUUCACUUCAACAAGGAAAGUUCGAUAAGUCAGAUAUUGAAAAACUGGUGAACACGAACUCUUCGUGCGUUCAGAUCCGAGUAACAGCCGAACAGUCGGACUGGGUCGUUAUAAAUUACUUUCAGAUCUGGACCGUUAAGGCUUACAGAUCACAUGACGAGAACAUCGCAACAUAAAAGUUAAAUAGACACACAUUUGGGGAGACAAAGCCUGCCAUUACACCGCUGAAGUUCACUCGCAACUACUUCAUCUGUGGAUUCAGAAUGUGCAACAUCUAGACCGAACAAAACCAGGCAAACAUAGUUUACAAGUUACUUGUUGACCAAUUAUCUUUUCAUAACUUAUAUUUUCAUGCAUUUGACAGACAUUUGACUACAAGGUAUACAUUUUGUGGGUUCUUAACUUGUUACUUUUAGCCUACACAUGAAAAUGCAAUGUUUGAACUAAAAUGCACUAACUAACUAACUCAUGAAUGCUUUGGAGUACAGACCUAUGGUGGUCUCAUUUGAAAGAAGACACUUGGAAGAUUAUUUCUGUUUUUUUUUUUACCAUUUUUUAUUUAUUUUAGUUUAUAUUUACUGCUAUAACUAACUAUAAAAAUAUUAUAGUUAAAAAACAAAACAAAUCUAUAUGACUCGGCCUUAAAAUGUCAAAAGGUCAAAGUCCAAAUUACUUUUUUUAAUGAAGUUUGAGCUUGAUGGACCAAAUGAUGUUUCUUUUAAAUGUUUUAGCUGCAGUACCACAAUAAUCCAAUAGGGGCAACGUUUGCUUUUGAUCUGACAUUGGACACCAUACACCAUAACAGACAUUAAGAUUCUUCGUUUUCAAUUGUUUUUAUUCCUCACAUGAAGAGACAAUGAAAAAUUAGACAGGACCGUGAACAACAUCACGAAAAAACAUGAAAUGUACAAGAUAUUGUAGUUUAUGUUUAUUGUUAUAACAAACUAUACAAAUGUUGUGUUUAGAUUUUAUUUAAAAAACAAACAAAAAAUCGAUAUGUUUCGGCCUAAAAAUGUCAAAAGGUCAAAGUCCCAAGUACAACCAGUUUUUUUUAUGAAGUUUGAGCUUGAUAGACCAAAUGAUGUGUCUUCUGUGUGUUUAAACUGCAGUACCACAAUAAUCCAAUAGGGGCAACCUUUGCUUUUGAUCAGACAUUGGACACCACAACAGACAUUGAGAUUCUUCUUUUUCAAUUUUUUUUUAUUCUUCACAUGAAGAGACAAUAAAAAAUGAGACAGGACUGUCAAAUAUUGAAGCAAAUGAAAGUCUUCCGCUGGCGGAACAAUGUCAUUUAGCCGGACCAGGUUAAACCCAUGUCAUUGGUGUUGUAAGCUAUAUUCUUUACCUGUCAAGUUAUAGGAACCCUUUGAAAAAAAAUAUAUAUAUAUUUUAAAAACAUUUUGCUCUGAAGGUACAUCUCGGAAUGUUUAAAAAGAGUUAUGUGGAAAAAAACAUUAGUUUAUUUUCAUUACAAAACCAAAAAUUCUAUUAAAAUGUAAACUGUAUUUCUUUUUAAAUAUAUAUAUUUUUUUAUGAAAAAAACAUUUUAAUUUUAUUUUAAAAUGAAUGUUAUCUAUUUUAUGAGAGUUUAUUCCAAAAUGUGGAUAAAAAAUAAAAAAGAAUAAGUAAAUUAUCCUAACUUUUGAAUGGCAGUGAACAGUAUGUUUAUACCAGAGCCAUUGAGAGAGAGAGUCGCGGCAACUCUGUUGACCCCAAUGGAACAGUUUUUUCACAGCAAUGGCGGUUCAUGGAUACUCUCAAUAGUUCCUGGAAGGUACUAGUUACGAAUGGAACUGUGACUAAACAGACCAACUGAGGUAAACUUGUAACCAAUUUAGAGACGAAAGCCAUUUAAAGUGAAAACAUAACUUCCUGGAACUAUCUGAAGGCUCCAUGAAUCACAUGACAUUGUCUUCCCAUGUCUUCCUCUGAUUUAUACAAAACCCUUGACCAACAGAGGAUAGAAAAAGCUUAUCUGGGGAUUUAUAAGCACAAUGGAACACACAAUUAAAAGGUGUCUAUUAUGGCUGUCAAUGGACAAAAACAUUGAGUGUAUAGUUUGACAAGGAGGAUUAUCUGUCAUAGCAAUAGGUGGUUGACUAGCUACCAAAGACAUAGAUUUUUUAAUGAAGAAAUUAUGGGAGAGGGAAAUUAUAAAUUUUCGAUGCACUUUUUACAUAAAUUACCCUAAAACUGACUGUCAACUAAAUGUCAGAACGUGACCGGUUUGUUACAGGGCAGGAUGUGUAAGAACGAAAAAAAGCAGUAAAAGAUUUUGCAAAAAGGGAAAGCAGGAAAGGGAAACAUUAUGGAGUCUUGAUAAUGAAAUACAAUUUGGAAAAUUACAGAAACAUUUAUUUAAAAUUUCAAGUCUUCGGAAAGGAGGCCAAUUUGAAAGGUGCUUGGCGUCCCCUAGGGGUAAAGAGCUAAAAAGCUCAGUUCUCUAUAAAAUUGUCGAUACAGCACUUGCUCACAAGAACAAUAUAUUAUUUUUGUUUAAUUUUAUUUGAAAUGAUCUUACAUGUAUUGAUGUGCACUGUAUAUUUAUUUUAAAGUUUUAUGUUUGAAAUCACUGUUGAAAACUGUUCAUAGUAGAUGAUUAUUUACCAAAUCGACAUGAGGUUUAUUUAAAUAUCAUCUUGAAUCAUAUGCAUAUAAGCCAACUUAGAAUAUUAAUACAGUAUAUAUAUAUAUAUAUAUAUAUAUAUAUAUAAAUAUUACAUAACUUUAAAUCGUUGCAUACUGCCCCUAAAGUGUUAACGUUUUUGUUUACAUGCAAAUGUGUUACUAGUCAUUUUUAUACCAGUUUGUUUUUUGUCAUCUUAAGCUGUGAUGUUUACUUGAUCGCUUCAGUUGUUUUAUGGAAUCCUAGCCAUUGCACUAAUAUAGCUUACAGUAAAAUAACUGUGCACCUGCAACCUGCAGGAUCUCUUUAAUAACUUUCCAGCCCACUUGACACCCUAAAGUCUUGUCUUUGUGUUCAUGUUACUGCUGCACUCUUUGGCUGGUCACCCUCUGCUGGCCUGCACAGGGUUUGGUGACUUGUAAUAAAAAAUAGGCAAGGGUCAUAUAUCCUUAUGACCUAGUUUUUCUGAAGCAACCCGAGUGUAUCAUGUUGCCCUCCAGCCAGAACUUUCAUGUCCCCAGCUCAACGUGACCAGGCCCACUUGUUGGUGAGUUUCGGCGAAUGUAACCGAUUGCACAACCAUACAUUAUGUCUGCAGUGCACCUCACCACAGAGAAUGUUUCUGUUAGAAAGGGCUCAGGUAACAUCCUAAUUAUAUAUACAGUCCUCUAACCCUGACCCUGUGAUAGUGAACUAAACAUACAGACACGCUUCAGUCACAAUUAAAUGGAGUCAAGGGCCAGACCCACAGCUCAUCCCGUCCCAAAAAAAUAUUUUUACCAUCAUGAUCAAUGCUGAAUUUACCUAAAAAAUGUAAUUGAAAGUUUAUUUCAGGGGAUUUGUAGAUUUUAUGUGAUUUUCGUUGUCGUUGUUUGUGCAAAUGAAGAGUUUUAUAUAUAGCUUGAUUUAUACCUAACAAUAAAGGGUUAUUUAUUAAAGGGCUUGUUAGAUAUUCGGGUUGUGCUUCUGUGUUUUGUCACAGCAAACAAAAAGUAUGGUUAAAGAUCCCUUUACGGUUCAUUGUGAAAAUAUGUCGGGAAUAUUUUAUUGGUUUUUAGAGUUUAUAAAACAUGAUUUGAAUAAACCAGAUUACAUUACAUUCCACUCAUGAGUCUCUUGGGGGUCAGAAUAGUUUCUUAACAGCUACACCUAUACAGUACAACUGUACAUUUAUUCUAUAGCAUAGUAUACUAUAGUAAUUUAAAAAUACUACCAUUUUAAAAAAUAUAUAUUUUAAGCAUAAAAGAUAGCACGUCAUAAUAUAGAAUUUAUAUUCAGGAUGUUUCAAAUUUAAUCAUUUAUUUUUUCACAACAAUAUUUUCCAUCGAGGACUUGUAAAACGUGUUAAAAAAAUGUUUAUUUACCUUAAAAGUCACAAAGCAUCACCUUCAUACAUUAAUAUGUUAUAUCCUUGUCUGAGCUAUUUAAACCCAUUGAAGUAUUCCAUGAAUGAAUGUAGAAGUAUGAAUACUGUGUUAUAAAUCACAAACUGUACAGUGGGUAUUUUUGUAUUUUCUCAGUACUU